UGCUGCUUCCGGGUUCAGGUUCAAUGGUUUGUUUACAGUGAGGCAUGGGGACAGUGCAGGACUUCAGAUGUAUUGAAUGUAACAAAAAAGCUACGGAGCUGCACAGAGACUACAGCAACGGCAUCCUGAAGAUAACCAUAUGUGGUUCAUGCAAGAAGCCAGUGGACAAGUACAUUGAAUAUGACCCUGUGAUCAUCCUCAUUGAUGCCAUUUUGUGUAAAACACAGGCUUUUAGACACAUUUUGUUUAACACAAGCCUAAAUAUCCACUGGAAGCUAUGUGUUUUCUGCCUGCUGUGUGAGGCGUACCUCCGCUGGUCCAUACUCCACCCCUCAGAGCAGAGUAGUGAUCCAGCAGAUCUUAUUAGAUACACAAGGGAGUGGGAGUUCUAUGGCAUGUUCACUCUGGCCUCACUUGAGUUGUCAGCAUUCUGUGGAGGGGUGCUGUUGUUCCUAUGGCUGGUUUUGCCUUGUCUGCAGCAGAGAUCUUUGGAGCACGGCCUCCUACUGAAGGCGCUGCUGCUGUCCUCCUAUGGGAAGGUCCUGCUCAUCCCCACUGUCAUCUGGGAACACGACUACUCCCCUCUCUGCCUCGCUCUCAUCAAAUUGUUUGUGCUCACAUCCAACUCCCAGGCCAUCCGAGUGAUCCUGAAUAGCAGCAGACGCCUCUCCCUGUUGACCAUUGGCGUUGGUCUUCUUACAGAAACCUGUGUGUCGCAGGUCUGUAGCAGUCUGCCCUGGGGUUUCAAAGAGAUGUUCAACUUUGAAUGACUCCAUCACUGUAAUUUUAAUAUACAAAGGACUAUUGAAAGCAUGCAAGUCGACAUUCCCUUCUAUGUGGGGAUAUUGCCACAUCUUGUUUUCUUGGACUCAAGCUGUGAAAAGAUUGUGAAAGAAAAUAGGCUUUUUUAUAUGAAAUUUGUUAUGUUGAAUAGUGUAUUGCUCUUGCUUUAUUAAACUAAGUCACUAUUAUAUUGUCUGACUGACACAGUACUGACACAGUACUGUUUUCUUAUUUGAACAUUACAAUGAUGAUUUUCAGGAAUCUCAAACUAAUUACUACUGGAAUACUUGAGUCACCCAGUAAAAGCACAGACAACCCCUGAAGUUGUAUUUGUUAUUUACUGCUUGUGUGUGCGCUGCAAACACUACCUCUUGCCCUAGUUUUCUCAAAUCCCACUUCAAAGUCAGUUACGAUCCUAGAAUAGGAUGAUUGAUUUUGUACAUAAUUACCCCAAACAUAAAGUUUCAAAAAUGACACAAAGA